UGCAUUAAGGCAGUGUAAUAAUUGAAAAAUGUCAAGACCUGUGUUUUAAAUUGAAAUUUUAAGCAUUUUUUUAACCAUUCACUGACAUUAUAGCAACUAUUAUACUUAAAGUUUGUUAAAAAAAUGAAUGUAAAAAUGUAUAUUUAUAUGUGUAGAAGUAAACUAUCAUAUAUUUUUAUUUAUUAUAAUUUUAAAGAGACAUAUUAUGUAUUAUUACAGCCUAUAGUUCUAUUCAUGGCGUACCUAUUUAACAUUUCUUUUAUAAAAUCCUGAUGAGUAUUUUUUUUUUAAUAGGACACUGAUUAUAGCUUUUAAAGUAAUAAUUUAAAUAAUAAGAUGAUGGAUUCUCUUUUUCAAAAAAUAUUUUAAGUUUACGAAGUUAACUAUAAUAGUAAUCUAUAAUCUGGUAAUCGGUAAAAAAGAAACUCGCACAAAACACACAAUUUUUAAAAAUUUAAAAAAACCUAAUAAUUGAUUAUCACACAAAACAAGAAUUAUCAAUAUCAAAUUAUUAUUACCUAAGUCACAGGUAACACUGCAAACCUAUACAAUACUAUAUAUGCUAUCACUCCUAUACAAAAUAUUUUAUAAAUCAUUUAACAUACAUUUAAAUAUCAUAAAAAAGUUAAAAAAAAAUGAAAAGUAAUUAAAUUUUGAAUUUGAAUUUUUGAGUUUAGUGAUUAAAAUGUCGAAAAUUUACUUAUAUACAGGCACAGAUUAACUUAUCUUCUUCCAUAUUGAUAAUAGGUGUUUUUACUCUCCAACUGCUCAAUAAACCAUAUUAUUGGAAUUACAAAAAUUAAUUUCAUAGCUUUUUUGAUACUAUUGAUAUUUAAUACGCCUUAAUAUUUUUUUAAUUUUCAUGAUCAGUUAAUUAUUAACUGUUAUUAUAAAUUAAUUUUUAAAAAUUGUUAUUUUUUUCCGGGAUUCCUAUAAUCUUGAUGUAUAAAUCAUUCAAUAUUCAAAAUAGGUAGCCAAAUUCGUUAGUCAUCCUUGUGAGGUAAUAUACAUCAAAUUUUUAACAAGUUUAAACAAAAUGUUGAUGAAGCUGAUGUUACAGUAAGAAAUAAAAAUAUCUGGAAAUAAAACUUAUGGAUUGUUCAUUUAGAAGUACUUAAAUAAAUCUUAAAAUAUUGUGUUUUAUAAAAUCAUAUUUUAAACUUUACAAAAAAAAAAAUUAGGACUUGGUUUAAAAAUGUUUUUAUUCUUAAUAAAAUCAAAAUACAAUUUGAUUAUUUAUUCUUUAUAUCAGGGGUGUCCAAACUUUUUUUGAUCAAGUUCUUCUGAGAUUAUAUUUUUUCUUUACAGUGUGUUUUUUAAUUGUUUUAUUUAUUUUAGAGUCUGAGAGGAGUGAUAAAUGUGUUGAUUUUACAAUGAUGUGUGUUGUUUAAUUUUUUUUCAUGGGGGGGAUAUAAUUUUAUCAGCUUAACCCCCGCACCCCCGAACUAAUAUACCGACCAGCUACAAACAAUACACAAAUAAAUUCAUAUAAAACUAUAGACAGUGAAUUAAAAUUAUAAAUAAUUAUAUACCUCGAAAUAUUUUUAAUUCAACUUUUACUCAAAUACAAAAUUUUCAUAUUAUUGAGUAAUAUCAAUCAUAUAAAAUAAUAUAAAAUUAAUACUUAUUUUCUAUUAGUUGCUGAAAAUGUAUCAAUAAUUGUUUCUGUGUCCAAAAUAUUAGUUACUUACAUCCCUUUCGAUAUUGUUGUUCGUUGUUGUUCUCUGACAAGCUUCUAAUCGCCACAUUGAAGAUAAUGAACAUUUGCUGGUUGAGCAACUUACAGGUAUAGUUAAAACUACUAGUAGCAGACAUCUAUACUACCUAACUUCUUGUUUAAUAUCAUCAAUAUCAAAAUUUUCUUUAAUUUUAACCAGGAAAAUUUGGCUACAGGCUAUUUUUCUUAUCACCAAAAAGCAUAAUUCAAAACAAAUUGAUGAAAUUAUUUUUUUUUUAUAUAAAUGUAAACAAAUUUGAGGUUUUUUUUUAAUUUGAAAUUAAUCUACGAAUAAAAAAUUGGUUAUAAAAAAAGACAAAUUUUUCAAAUUAAAAAAAACUUCAAAUUCAUCAACAUUUCUUUUAAAAAUUAUUUCAUCAACUUGUUAUGAAUAAACUAUGAUAUUAUGGGUGAUAAGAAAAAUACCCUGCUGCCAUAAAUUGCUUGAUUUAAAUUAAAGAAAAUGUUGAUAUUUAUGAUAUUAAACAUAAUAGGUACAGAUCACUAUGUAGAGAAGAUAUAUCCCUAUCUUCUCUACAUUGUGGUACAAAUACAAAUUAUGUAGAGGCUAGUUAAAAAUAUAUUUUUAGGGGGGGGAGUGCUAAGCCCCUACCUAAUUGCACCUAUGGUCAUCACUAGGGAACGGAUUUAAAUGCAAAUUGCAUUUUUUUCUGAAUGUCCGAAAACAUUGCUUUCCAAGCACAAAGUUCAUUUCAUACAUCAAGGAAUUAAAAAAUGUAACUUUUAUUUUGCAUUUUUUGACAUUUUUAGUGCAUUUUUAUGGUUUUUAAGUCAUUUUUUCAGCAUUCAUUCUAAAAUAAUAAAAAUACCUAUAUAUGCUGUAGCAAUUGAGAAUGCACAAAAACUGUUAAAUGAUAAUAAUUUGGAACUAAACUUGACAUUUAUCAAAGCAAAUUAUGGAAAUUUAGCAAAAUACAUUACUACAUUGGAAACAUCUGGAUUAUCGUUGGCUGACGCAAUUAAUAUUAUUGCUCAAGUACAAAAUGAAAUCGGAACAGACAACAGUAGUAUCGGAAAAUCCAUUAAAAAAAAACUAGAAGUUGUAAUUGAAAAAAAUUCGGGAUUCAAAACAAUGAAACAUAUUUCAAAUAUUUUGGAAGGAAAAGCAACAUCUCGAAAUAAUACAAUACCUGAAGAACUAACUGCUGAUGACAUGGCUCAUUUGAAGUUUGCACCUAUGACGUCAGUUGACGUGGAACGAAGUUUCUCGAGAUACAAAACAACACUGGCCGAUAACCGUCGAAGAUUUCUGUUCGAGAAUAUUAAGCAGCACCUAAUUAUACAGUGCUAUGAAACAAAAGGGAAGAAGAAUGAAGAAGAAGAUGGACAAGAAGAUAAUUGAUUUUAAUUAGAUUUGAUUUUUAGUUUUAUUGUAUUUAAAUAUUUUUUAUCUGAUUUUUCAUAAUUUAUAUAUAUAUAUUUUAUAAUUUUUUUUAAGUUUUUAAGGGCAUUUUUUUAAGGCAUUAAAUCGGAUUUUUUUAAGGCAUUUUUCUUGUUUUUUAGAGCAUUUAAAUCCGUUCCCUAGUCAUCACCUUUUAAGACAAUAAAAAUGCUUGGAUUUUCUUCAACAGUAUCUUUCCUGAUAGGAAAGUGAAUCUAGUUAGUACUUUGGGGGUCAAAAGUAAAAAAUUCCUAAUAGUUUUCAAAAACCCAGAGGAAAAAAAAUUAAAGCAAAAUCGAUUUUGGUUUAGGUGUAACUCAAAAACAAAUGACUGUAGAUAUAUGACAACUUCACUGGUUCUUUAUAUUAGCAUAUUCUAUACAGGAUAAAAUUUUCAAAAAUUUUGACAUGUUUUGAACUGUUAACGGAUAUUUUCAUUUUCAAAUUUUUUGAAUUUUUGUCUAAUAUAUUGUUGCAAUAAAAUUUGAAAAAUAUUAAGGGAACGUGAUACCCGCAUGUGUUGUCUCCGUCCUACAAUGCGUCCUACGUGCAUAAUAUAGCAAAUUUUACGUUCAGCAAAACACGUGUAGCUCCGUAAUUCAAAAAUUAGAGUAAAUUUACCUCUUAUAAAAUCUAAAGGUAAGAUUAUUAUCUAGACAACCUCGUGAACUUUUUAUUAUAUUUUAAUUUUUAAGCGAGUUAUGAGUUCUUUAAAAUGCACAUACAAAUGUAGUGGCAGCACAACAAUAACUCAAUGAGAAAGAUUUUUCAUUGGAAUUUUGAACCGGUGGGUUGCUGGAGUUCAGAAGUCUAGUUCGUACUAAGUAUUAGAAAUAGUUAUUAUUUUAAAAAAUCUUAAGAAGACGAUCGAAAACAAAUUGUAAUGUUGUAUAAAUAGAGCAAAAAUGUCUACAAAGCCAUUACUGACUGAAUUUAUAUCUGAUCUUAAAUCCUAUAUAAAAGAUAAAUUCAAUAUGUAAGAUACAUUGAAACAAUUAGAUGAAACUGGCUUAUUUUCUCUCUCCUAUCUGAAAGUAUAUAAAAAUAUUUUCAUCAUGAUAAAAUUGCUAUAUAUCGAAUGAUAUAAUAGAAAUGAGAAAUCUAACUGCAAAAGUUAAAGUAAUCGAGAUAUGAAUGAAAAAAUGGAUUAAGAGUUUAUAACAAAUUUCUAGAAUAUUAUUAAAUAAAUACUAACAUUUUAUUUAUACAAAUUAAGAAUUAUUUUA